CGAGACGUAAAAUACAAUUAUACGUGCCCGCGAUUAUCGUUCAGAAAUCUCGUUCGCGUGACGGUAUUUUUCACUCGGUGCGAGAGACAAUCGAUUCGUGAGAGAUCGACGCGAGUAGUGGAAGCAGAAGCAUAAUCAUUCCUUCAUAUAUAAUGUGUAAGUCGAUUCCCGGGUAGAUUGGGGGACAAACGAAGCGAGCCUCGCGUAAGUACGUAGUUUCGGUCGGCGAUCGCGAUUGCGUUCAGUCGACGCUGAUCGCUCGGGAAAAUCGGCUCGGCACCGGCUAAAACGUGUCACGUGGUGUACAAUCCUCUCAUCGAUUAUCUUCGAGAAGAGCCCACAGGUGCGUUACCGGUAAAGUAGAUCAAUAUCAACUCAUGGUAGCUAGUGGAAACGAAUAAAAAUGAUUGCCGCUUCUUUCCUUAUUUGCAUCCUGGCGUUCGUCACCAGCGGGCUUGGGAAUCCGGUGUUAGAGACGGACGGAGGAUUUACCCUGAGAAUCGUCCAUACCAACGACAUGCACUCCAGAUUCGAGCAGACGUCGAGAUUGUCGAGCGUCUGCUCGGACAAGGAAGCGGCGGAGGGAAAAUGCUACGGGGGAUUCGCUAGGAUCGCGACUCUGGUCCGUCAGGCCCGAAAUUCGAGCGUUCCAUGCCUUUUCUUAAACGCUGGCGAUACUUACCAAGGUUCGACAUGGUUCAGCGUUUACAAAUGGGAGAUCGUGGCCAGACUUUUAAAUAUUCUCAAGCCUGACGCAAUAAGUUUGGGGAACCACGAAUUCGACAAUGGCGUGUCUGGUCUCGUACCCUUCAUCCAGAAUGCCAGCUUUCCCAUAGUGACCGCCAACCUUGACCUCAGACAACAACCGGACUUAGCUAAUACGCCACUGUUAAACAGUACAAUUUUAACCGUGAAUGGAACGAAUCAAAGAAUCGGUGUGAUCGGUUACUUGACUCCUGAAACAAAAAUAAUCUCCAAGACGGACAAUGUGACUUUUUUAGACGAGGUGGAGAGUAUUCGUAGAGAAGUGAAACGAUUGAAAGGACAAGGCGUGAAUAUACUGAUCGCGGUGGGCCACUCAGGUUUCGACAUUGAUAAGAAAAUCGCGAGGGAAGUGGAGGAUAUCGAUUUGGUGAUCGGUGGUCAUACGAACACGUUCCUCUAUACCGGCAAGCAACCGGAUACGGAGGUACCCGAAGGUCUCUAUCCAACCGAAAUAAAACAGAAGAAUGGUAGGAAAGUUUACGUUGUCCAGGCUUAUGCUUACACCAAGUAUCUCGGAAAUUUUACGGUGAACUUCGAUCGAAACGGCGAGGUGACCAGUAUCAGUGGAAAUCCUGUGCUGGUGAACAGUAGUAUUGAACAGGCGGAAGAUGUUCUCGACGUGUUAGAACAAAUGAGAGGUCGUAUCAACAAUGUCACUUAUCAAAUUGUUGGAAAGACUCGGGUUCUUCUUGAGGGAGACAGUAAAGUUUGCCGACGAGAAGAAUGCAAUCUUGGUAAUUUAAUCGCUGAUUCGAUGGUCGAGUACAAUGCCGGGGAAUUCGGCGGCACGAACGGCUGGACGGAUGCUGCGAUUGCCUUUCAUAACGGAGGCAGCAUUCGAACGUCUAUCACGACGGUGAACGAUUAUAAAAUUACCAUGGGUGAUGUGCUGGCGGUGCUACCGUUCCAGAAUUCUAUCGUGAAGGUUUCGAUGACCGGGGAACAGAUGUUAUCCGUGUUAGAAUGGAGCGUGUAUAAUCUUCGAAUAAACGAUACUUCAAAUCUCUUUGGGGCGUUCGUGCAAGUUUCUGGACUUCAGGUGGUUUAUGACUUGACGCGACCAAACAACUCGAGAGUACUUUCGGUGGAAGUGUUAUGUGCUUCCUGCAACAUUCCAAUGUACAGCAAACUAGAAAAGAAUAAAAGUUACACUGUACUUCUGACCGAUUUUAUGCAAACCGGUGGCGAUGGGUAUUCUAUGUUGAAAGACCUUAAAGCGCGAGAUAUUGGUGUUACCACGUCAGAUGCACUGGUGAAAUAUUUAGAGAGAUCCAUGGACAGUCCUGUUCAUCCUGCUGUCGAAUGGAGAAUUUCUUACUUAAACGAGAAAACCAUCAGCGGUUCGAGUAGAAUUUAUGGUUCGAGACUGAUGACCGUACUGCCUGCAAUCAGUUGGCUCCUCACAAGAUAGAUGCUAGAUACGUUUUGAAUAAAUCGACUUGAAUUCACUAUUUCGAGGCUUGUAAUUUAUUUAAUAAUAGAUAUUUUUAAUCAA